AUGCCGCCCAAGCCGCACGGCGGCGGCGCCGGCAGCGGCGCCUUCGAGUACUGCGAGCUGUGCCGCCGCAACCACGACCAGGGCAGGCGCCACCGCUACUUCCCCGCCCACCGCGCCGCCCUCGCCGCCGCGCUCUCCGGCUUCCGCGCCAAGCUCGCCGACCUCCGCCGCGCGCUCCUCCGCCCCUCCGCGCCUGCCCCCCGCUCCCGCCUCUGGUGCCCCUUCUGCUCCGCCGACCUCGUCGACCUCGACAGCCGCUUCGCUUGUAGCAAUGCGAUUUACCAUCUCGCGAGCGGGGAGCACCUGAAGGGCGUCAAGGAUUUCCUGCGGAAGCAUGGGGGCGGGAUGGAUCAGGUCGAUUCGUUUAGGAUUUCAGAGGCUGAGCUUGCCAAGUGGGAGAAGGGCUGUGAGUCCUCCAGUACAGAAGCACAGGCAUUGGCCAAUGGCAUGAUUGGACCAUCUUUGAGGCCGUUGAAAGAUAUCCAAAAUGAAUCUACCUCUAAAAUUUUGGAUAGUUUUGCUGAAACUGACAUCCCAUCUUUUCGUAAUACUGCAUCUUGUGUUGUUAUGCCUUUACAAAGUCCUACCAAUGGGGCCUAUUACCCCACUAGUACAGCGUGUUAUGGAUCUUCCACCUCUGGAAGUGUUGCUUAUUCUGCUCCAUUUGGUACUUCUGGACUGCCUGUCAAACCCUGUGUCACAACACAUGGACAUCAGGGUAUGCCGAGUACAAACGUGUUUCAUAGUGCUGAUGCACGAAUGAAAGGUGCUCAAUCUACUUCCCUCGGAAAUGGACCAAAUCCACCAGCUUCUUCUUUUGUAUAUGUCCAACAGGGCCACUCUGGAGGGAAAUUCAAUCAGGGCCUGAAAGCAAAUGUGCAUACUGGCGCUCCUCCUCCAUGGUUAGAAGCUAGUGAGCAUGAUCCAAAGAAUGUGUCACUCGCCAGCUAUGCUCUUCCAUCUUCUCUGAAAGGAAAAUCAAGAAAACUUAACCCAAAGCGUGUUGGAGCUGCAUGGGCAGAGAGAAGAAGAGCUGAAAUGGAAAUGGAAAAGCGAGGUGAAGUUGUUCCAGAAACGCCUGAUGCUAGUUGGCUCCCUAAUUUUGGUGGUGUCUGGCAAUCUGGUUCGCGAAAGGAAUCGAGGAAAGAGUUUGAGAAAAAUCAUAAGCUUAAAGAGGAGAACAAUCCUGAGUUACUCCCUGAGAUAAAACCAUAUAUCAGCAAAAGGAUGGAUUUCCGUGUUCAAGCAAAGGCUUGCAAGUGCGGUAAAAGUUAA